CACACGGCAUGCGGGCACUCAACAUGACCCCGGAGCAGUUCUCCCGGCUGCUGCGGGACCACAACCUGACGCGCGAGCAGUUCAUCGCGCUGUAUGGACUGCGGCCGCUCGUCUACACCCCCGAGCUGCCUGGGCGCGCCAAGGUGGCCCUCGUGCUCACCGGCGUGCUCAUUUUCGCCCUGGCGCUCUUAGGCAACGCGCUGGUGGUCUACGUCGUGAUCCGCAGCAAGGCCAUGCGCACCGUCACCAACAUCUUCAUCUGCUCCUUGGCGCUCAGCGACCUGCUCAUCGCCUUCUUUUGCAUCCCGGUCACGACGCUCCAGAACAUCUCCGACAACUGGCUGGGGGGUGCCUUCAUUUGCAAAAUGGUGCCAUUUGUCCAAUCUACUGCUAUUGUGACAGAAAUUCUCACUAUGACCUGCAUUGCUGUGGAGAGGCACCAGGGACUUGUUCAUCCUUUUAAAAUGAAGUGGCAGUACACCAACCAAAGGGCUUUCACAAUGCUAAGUGUGGUCUGGCUGGUUGCAGUCAUCGUAGGAUCACCCAUGUUGCACGUACAACGACUGGAGGUUAAGUAUGACUUCCUAUAUGAAAAAGAACAUAUCUGCUGCUUGGAAGAGUGGACCAGUCCUGUGCACCAGAAAGUCUACACCACCUUCAUCCUUGUCAUCCUCUUCCUCCUGCCUCUUAUGGUGAUGCUUGUCCUAUACAGUAAAAUUGGUUAUGAACUUUGGAUCAAGAAAAGAGUGGGGGAUGGUUCUGUGCUUCUAACUAUUCAUGGAAAAGAAAUGUCCAAAAUAGCCAGGAAGAAGAAGCGAGCUGUCCUUAUGAUGGUGACAGUGGUGGCUCUGUUUGCUGUGUGCUGGGCACCCUUCCAUGUGGUUCACAUGAUGCUUGAAUACAGUAAUUUUGAAAAGGAAUAUGAUGACAUCGCAAUCAAGAUGAUUUUCGCUAUAGUGCAAGUAAUUGGAUUUUCCAACUCCAUCUGUAAUCCCAUUGUUUAUGCAUUUAUGAAUGAAAACUUCAAAAAAAAUUUUUUGUCUGCAGUUUGUUAUCGCAUAGUAAAAGAAACCUUCUCUCCAGCUCGGAAGCAUGCAAAUUCAGAAAUUACAAUGAUGCAGAAGAAAGCAAAGUUAUCCCAGAGAGAGAAUCCAGUAGAGGAGACCAAAGGAGAAGCAUUCAGUGGUGGCAACACUGAGGUCAAAUUGUAUGUACAGCUGGAGGAGAAAAAAAAAUCUCAAGUGACAUUUUGCCCUCUUUAG